AUGUUGCGAGCCUUGAAGGGAGUGUUUAGCUACUCCGACGAGGAACUUGCAGUCUUGAAGGCAGGCGGAGAUCCACAGAUUGUGCAUAGAUUCACUAAAAAUAUAACGGUUGACGGCGUCGACUUGCGUGUGGUUGUUGCACCAAACCGCGAGACGCCUAAACUACCCGCUGGCCGGCCAAUCGUGUUCUUUGUCCACGGCUUAGGAGGACAGCUUAACCAAUUCGAGCACCAGAUUGAUUAUUUCAAUUAUUUUGCUGAUGUUCUGGCCGUAGAUCUGCCUGGACAUGGCAAAUCCGGUGACCAGCCCUUUGCUCAUUAUACAAGCGACAGGUUCGUUGAUUUGCUGGAAAAAGUUCUCGAAAUGCAGCUGCUGCCCACGGAGUUCAACAAAAUACUCCUUGUUGGCCACUCCAUGGGUACUCAUAUCGUACUACGGCUUGCCCACAAACUUAGGGACAAAUGCAUGGGUUGUGUUUGCAUAGCACCUCCUGCAGUCCUUAGCGAUGGUGUCAAACGCGCCCAGACAUUUAUAAGAUGGUUUCCUGUCCGUCCAGUGUUUGAAUAUUUCCGUGCCGCCGACCGCAAUGGCGGGUUCGACUCUCCUUCGGUGAGUCGUGUAUUGUCGCAGGCGACAACGAGCCGCCGGAUUCGCGAAAAGCAGCUCAGAACAAAUCUUCAAGUUCGCUCUGCAUCCUGGCUCGCCACAUUCAGUCAGAUGAAGCCAUUGGCUGAAUACGAGGCGGCGAGGGUCGACGUGCCUGUUUUGAUCAUUGCUGCCGUUGACGACAAAGUGACUCCGCCAGAAAAUGCCGAGAUCUUGGUGGAAUGGAUAGGCAAAAACUCGAGGCUGGAAACUAUCACUGCUGCUGGACAUUCAGUGAUGAUUGAACGACCCGAGGUCGUGAACGGGUUGAUUGCCGACUUUAUUGAUCAAGAGGUUGACAAGACGUUGUCAUUGGCGUGGCAGCUGUCAUAUCUAGCUACUAAAACAGACAAAUGGUCCUUGAAGAAUGAAGAGAAAUGGAAACAAACGCCAGCAGUUGGUCAAGUCGUGCCGCAUUCUCAUUUGAGAGGGAUGAAAACAUUACGGCAAACGGAUGAUGAGCACUCUCCAGCACUGCUUGAAUUGAAUCACCCUGAAAUUGUGGCCGUUAUUGAUAUUUCUCGAGAAGCACCACCUUACGACAGCUCAACGUUCAGCCGCAUCAAAUAUUUCAAGCUGCCGACUGUCUCCAAAAUCCCGCCGUCGAAAGAUGAGGUGGCUCAGUUCAUCGAGCUCGUCGACAGCAUCAACGUCGAAAAAGAUCAGUCGAUUGGAGUACAUUGCCAUUACGGAUUUAAUCGAACGGGAUUUUUUAUCUGCAGCUACCUGAUUGAGCGUUGCGGGCUCACGGUGAGCGACGCGCUCGAUGCGUACGCUCGUGCUCGUCCCACUGGAGUGCAUCACCCGCAUUUUGUUGACGAGUUACAUGUGCGUUAUGAGCAGUAA